AGCAGCGCGGGCUCAUGUUGAUCUAAUGCAGGAAUCAGCGGGGACCGAGUGUGGAUAGCGCGAUAUCUCCAGCUGAACGCUGGCGCUCGCAUAUUCUGCCAUUAAGCGGCACUUUUUGGAGAUCCGCUCCGUGUUAUUCGGAUGCUCGGUUCAGUGAGCGUCUCGCAGAGAGCCCGCAUCACUCUGAGGAAGGGAAGAGACUCGAUGUAUCACAAGUGAAGAACGAGAAACCACAGAGAGGCCUCCAUACCUUCGUGAUUGGAUGCGAGUUGACUUUGACCGUACCAAAGUGAAGAUGAAGUUGCUAUGGAAACUGCUGGUUCUGCAGUCAUUCCUGGGGUGCCUUGCAGGCAAAACGCUGCAGAGCCCCGUGUUCACGAAGCAGCCAGGCAGCAUUGUGUUUCCAGUAGACUCCAUGGAGAAGAGCAGGGAGGUGGUUUUCAGUUGUGAGGCACAAGGUGACCCUCCUCCUUUUUACAGGUGGAAGCUAAAUGGCAGCCUGCUCAACCCUAAACCCGGCUCCCAUCACAGCCUCUCUGGAGGCAACCUUCGCAUCAACCAUCUCAAUAAAGACGAGGACGCUGGGACGUACCAGUGCCUUGCUUCUAACUCCUUCGGGACUAUUGUCAGCAGGGAGGCCAGCCUAACCUUUGCCUAUUUGGAAAACUUCAAAACCCACAAGCGGAGUUCUGUGUCUGUCCGGGAAGGACAAGGAGUGGUGCUUCUCUGCGGGCCGCCCCCUCACUCCGGAGCUUUGACGUUCUCCUGGAUUUUUAAUGAGUACCCGUCAUUCGUGAAGCAAGAUUCUCGUCGAUUCGUGUCCCAGGAGACAGGGAAUCUAUACAUCGCUAAAGUUGAGCCAUCUGAUGUGGGCAACUACACCUGUGUUGUGACCAAUACUGUCACCAAGACACGCGUCCAAGGGCCGCCUACUCCUCUGAUACUGCGCAAUGACGGUGUUAUGGGAGAAUAUGAGCCAAAGAUUGAAGUGCAGUUUCCAGAGAUUGUUCAAGUGGCCAAAGGUUCAACCGUGCGCCUGGAGUGUUUUGCACUGGGGAAUCCAGUACCGUCCAUAAGUUGGCAUCGCGUGGACGGAGUCCCAUUCGCCCGUAAAGUGGAUGUAAGGAAAACCAGCGGUGUGAUGGAAAUCCCUUACUUCCAGCAAGAAGACGCGGGCACGUAUGAAUGUGUGGCGGAGAACACCAAAGGAAGAAACUCUGUGCAGGGAAAGCUGUCUUUCUUUGCCUCCCCCCAGCUAAUUGAGAAGCCCCAGGAUGUGCAGAAGGCCAUCGAUGACUCUCUGUUGUGGGAAUGCAAGGCCACAGGAAAACCUAAACCCUCUUACAGGUGGAUGAAGAAUGGAGAGAACCUGGAGCCCACUGAGGAGAGGGUGCAGGUCAUUAAUGGCGCCCUGUCCAUCACUCGCCUGGCGCUCUCCGAUAUUGGAAUGUACCAGUGCGUGGCUGGAAACAAGUAUGGAGAAGUGUACUCCAAUGCUGAACUCAGAGUUAUCGCUGUCGCUCCUGAUUUCUCCCAAACCCAGCUGAAGAGCCACACUUUAGUCAAAGAAGGCGGCGAUGUUCUCAUUGAAUGCAAACCUAAGAUGUCUCCUCGAGGCACGAUCUCCUGGCGCAAAGGCAACGACGCCCUCCGAGAAAACAGCAGAAUUGCUAUAUUGGAGAUUGGAAGCCUUCGGAUAUCUAAUGUCACCAAAUCGGACGCUGGCACGUACACGUGUGUUGCCCGUAACCAGUUUGGCGAGGCCAGCAGCUCAGGGAACAUGCUUGUUAAAGAGCCAACAAUCAUUACAACUGCUCCCAACACGCUGGACGUGACCGUCGGUGAGAGCAUCAUUCUUCCCUGCCAGGUGUCCUACGAUCCCUCGCUGGAGCUCAAGUUCACCUGGUUUUUCAACGAGCAGCUCAUCCACUUCGGUAGCCACGGAGGAUACUUUGAAAAAGUUGGCGGACAGCACUCGGCAGGUGACAUCAUGAUCCGGAACAUUCAGCUGAGGCAUGCUGGGAAGUACACGUGUGCUGUGCAGACCAAGGUGGACAGCAGCUCCAUCGCGACCGACCUGAUUGUCAGAGGUCCCCCCGGCCCCCCUACCAGCAUCCAUGUGGAAGAAAUCACAGAUACCACUGCCACUCUCUCCUGGAGGCCUGGUCCUGAUAAUCACAGUCCAAUUACUGCCUACACCAUCCAGGCUAGAACCCCUUUCUCCCUCGGCUGGCAAGCUGUUAGCACAGUGCCGGAGGUGGUCGGGGGCUCGCAUCUGACUGCUACAGUCAUCGAGCUUAACCCCUGGGUGGAGUAUGAGUUCAGAGUGUUGGCAAGCAAUGCAGUGGGCACAGGAGAGCCCAGCAAACCCUCGAAGAAAGCCAGGACGAAAGAAACAGUUCCCAAGGUCACCCCGGCCAACGUGAGCGGAGGAGGUGGCAGUCGAUCAGAGUUAGUCAUCACUUGGGAGCCUGUUCCUGAAGAGCUCCAGAAUGGAGCAGGGUUUGGCUAUGUCGUUGCUUUCCGGCCCUUUGGUGCCACCGGGUGGAUGCAGGCAGCAGUUCCCUCUCCUGAAGCCUCCAAAUACGUCUUCAAAAACGAGACCAUUUUACCCUUUUCUCCAUUCCAAGUCAAAGUGGGGGUGUACAAUAACAAGGGGGAAGGACCUUUUGGACCCGUGGUCACCAUCUACUCUGCUGAGGAGGAGCCUGGAAGGGCACCCAGUCGACUCAGAGCCAAGAGUCUUUCAGCGUUUGACGUUGAGGUGUCCUGGAAGGCCCUUCCCUGGAGCACAAGCAAGAAACGUGUUCUCGGCUACGAGUUGAGAUACUGGGAGAAGAAUGAGAAAGAAGACACAGCUAGUGUGCUAAGGACAGUAGGAAACCGGACGUUGGCCAUUAUUCAGGGCUUAAAAGGAAGUACCACCUAUUACAUAACGGUGAGGGCCUACAACACAGCAGGAACAGGACCACCAAGUCCAGCAGUCAAUGUUACCACCAAAAAGCCUCCCCCCAGCCAGCCGCCCUCAAAAGUCAUGUGGAAUGCAUCAAACUCUAAAAUCAUUCUCAACUGGGAACAGGUGAAACCUCUGGAAAAUGAAUCCGAGGUCAUGGGAUACAAGGUACUGUAUAAGCGGAACCAAUUCAGCAGGCCCAGCAUUAUGGAGACCAACACCACAUCAGUGGAGCUCUCGCUGCCCAUGGAUGAGGAGUACUUCAUCCAGAUCAGGCCUUUUGGAGAAGGAGGGGAAGGCAGCAGCAGCCGGCAGAUCACCAUUCCCAAAAUAUCAGGUCCCAAUGCCAUCGGCUCGGCUUCCAGUGUGUCCACUCUCUCUGCUCUCAGUACAAUAGCUCUCUCCCUCACAGCUCACACAUCUUUAUGACAGAACACAGUGCGGGCCGCUGACUUCAGACGAAACGUUCUUCCUCGAGAGGAGACUGAGAAAAGUGACUCAGACAGAUCGAUGAAAACCCAUUCAUACAAACCAGAGGACCUACGUGAACCAUAAUACUGGGAUAAAGAGAAAAAGAAAAGAAAAAAAAAAAACGGGUGUGUGGUUCGCUAGCCAAUUCAAAAAAGAUUGAAGGCUGAUGGGAUUGAAUUUGAUGUUACCAAAGCAGCUUUAAAGAAAAAAAAAAGAACAAAAAAAAUGAGGAAAAUGUCACAUGCUUCUUUUGUAUGACAUAUCUUAGCUUUUUCCUUUUUUGUUUGAUCCAGUCGGUCUGUAUGUUCCUAUUUCAGUACGCCGGGUGUGUAUAGGAACUGCUUUAGAUGCAUGUCUUGUACAAUGUUUUGUAAGAGAAUGCAGGUGUCUGAAACUUAAUCGUUUAGUGCAAGACAUAUUUGGCUGAAAACCAACUAAUCAUCACAAUAUGACGGUCCUCUGAGGGUCACACGUACUUACAAGCUAAGAAUCUCCAAGGACUUCUUACUGUUUACGACACAGGAAUACUUGCACUGAAACAACGUCUGGAAGAAAGUGAACAACGACAGAAAGCAUCCUGACCAGAAACUCGAGAGAAUGCUGCUACAAGGCCAAGUCGGACGUUGGCGUCUUUGUCACCUCCCUCCUUACUGGUCAGCAGCAAACGGACACCAGGCGUUGACAUUGGCCGUCUCUUUUUUCCAUCAUCUUCCAUUUAUCUGUGUGUCGCAUCUAGAGCUCUUCUUUGCCUUUUGUGUGCCUCAUUGUGUGUUUUUGAAAUCCUCAGGUCCUCAGAAAAGCCUUAAUACAUAUUUCUUAGCGUUAACUACUUAGAAAAGUGCUGGACGCCAGGGCUGUGAGCGGUUAGUCAAGCGGGAUGCUGGGGUUUGGGUAGCUGGUGCGAGUUUAUUGCUUCCAUGUUCCAUAUUAUAACAGCCAUAUGCUGUUCCUCAUUGUUUCAAGGCAAUACAGUGUGUGUGUGUGUGUGUGUGUGUGUGUGUGCGCGUGUGUGUGACCUCUGCUAAUGUAGGGGCUACGAGCUCUGCAUUUUUUUAAAUGCCAUGUGGGAAUGGUGCGAUGAAAGUAGCUUGUCAUUUCUUGAGGUGCAAAUAGAUGUACUGCUUAAAGGGACACGUGGAGCUCUGAGACUGAGUGAAAACAAAUGUAUAUGUAAAUGCUUUUUUGUAUAUUCCAGAUAAUUUAUAUUUAAGUAGACGACAUCAAAGUUUCCUACAAAACUCAUCUCGGUUUUUAUCUAACAAACAGAAUAGACGUUUCUUAGCUUACCGUGGCUCUGCAUGUGGAUGUUUUCAUUCCAUUCUUGAUUCAUUAGGUACUAACCGAUGAACAUUUGACGAAAGGAUACAAAUAGUCAUUCAUCCAUUUCUGAAGAUUUGUGUAUCGGUGUAUCUGUCAUAGCCAGAACGCUCUUUCUCUAAGCAGUGCUUUCCACCAAACUUCUUUGUCUUUAUCGGAACUCCCAUUUAUUGAACCGUAUAACUUUUUCCUCCAAGGUUCUCUGUUUAUACUGGAUCACAAAAUAAAUGACAUUUAUAAAAAUGAUCACACAAAUGUUUUGAUUGGGUGCAUUAGCUGUGGUUAUGAGACGCUUAAUAACAGUUUAACCAAUAGGCCUACUUUUGUCAUUUGCGCACCCUCACAUCAUUCCAAACCUAUAUGACUCUUGUGUAUCUUCACAAAGAACAAGUAAAGCUCAUUAAAAGGUAUCCAUAUUACUUGUGCGCUAUGGUCCAAAUCUUUUGAAGCUUUCUAUGAGAAAUAGACCGAAAGGCCAAACAGUUAUUUGAGUAUAGCAAUGGUUAACCCAAAUAUGAAUAUUGUUGUCGUUCACUCACCCUCAUGUCGUUCCAAACCGGUAUAA